AUGAAAACAAGGCCGUGAGCUGAGAGGCAGCUCACUCUGGGUGUGGGUAUACGUUAGUAAAGUCAUGUUGAAGAUGAUGCUGUAUCUUAUCACUCUCGUGGUGUAUGUUGGGCAGUUUUGUUUAGCCCACGACUGUGAAAAUUCUAUGGCAGAAAAAUGCAGGAAAAAUGUACUUCAGAAAAUGGAAACAGAAGCCAGUUUGUUCUCCCAAACCGACAAAGACGACUUUUGCAGGGUUUUUCAUCACAACAUACCAUGCCUACUUAAUGAAUUCUCACUAUGUGAGAACAACGAUAUCAACGAACAAACUAGCAACAUCUUGCAUAAGGGACGAGAUUACAUGAAAAAAAUGUGCAACCAAAAUAAAGGUUGGGAAGGAAGUGUUUGUUUUCAGUCAUCCCAUAUAGAAGACUGCGAAGAUCCAGCGUUGAUGCCCUCGCUGUCGGCUGAUAAUUGUCGAAAAUACAUGUAUUACAAGGAGUGCGUCACAAAAAAGCUGAAGGCCUGUCCUAAAGAAAAGCUGGACUUGUUGGGUGUCUUUCUGGUUGACAAGUUUGGAGAAUUAGUGUGGCAAUGUCCUAGAGUUAACCAGACCAAAGGCAUGAUGGACAAACCUUACGCUCAAAAAUUGUCUGUACCUUCUCAGGAAGAAAUGGCUUGUCUUUCUGAAGUAGCCGAAGAUUUGAAGGGAUGUACAUCCAAAGUUGAAGAAUCUUCACGUAUGGCAGAAGAAAAGGAAGGGAAAGAAAAGAUUCACUUCAUGUGUUGCAUGAUGAAAGAAACAGAGAUGUGUAUCCGCCAAGUCCUGCAGAAUAAAUGCAGCGAUUUCCUCGAGAACCUCAUGAAUAAGGCCAUGGGGCAGAUGCUAGAAACUAUGGAAAUGACUUGUAAAGAUGUCGAUAUGGACACUUGUGGUAGUUCUUCCAUUUCACCCCAAGGAGUUCUGAUAGGUGUCUUGUUACUUACGAUAAUCUCUUUCCUCAAAGUUACACAUGCUGCAUGAAAUGUCGAUAUAUAUAUAACUUUUCGUAUGUUUUACUUACAAAAUAUUUACGACAUAUUAUGGAUUGUAACUUAAUUUAGUUUAGCGCGUGGUUUCCUGCUAAAAGUAUUAUAAACAGAUUUUGUGUUUUAUUAACAAGUUAUAUUAAUAAACCUCAAGUGGGAAGCACGCUGUAGGAAAAGUUACAACAUUUCGUCUCUGUUCAUAUUUACGGACAAAAAAAAAA